AUGAACGAAGUCAUUCUGUAUUUCUUUGAGAUGUCUGCCGUCCCCCCAUCUUUCUCAUUCAACUUCAACUCAGAACAUCUGGUCAUCUCCAAAGCCAAUAGCACUCGGCAAGUCUUUUCAAAUUCUAUCACGCCGGACAAUCCUGCUGCCACGAAAUUAUCAGAGAAUGAGGACCACGAUGCAGAGAUUUCAUCCGAAUCCGAAUCCAGCUCGAAUUCUGACUCGGAUAGUAGCGACGACGACAGUUCUGACCUUUUUGAACUAGGUGACUGUGUUGUAACGCAAGAAUUUUCAGCCCAUUCUGUAAAUCCACGACCGUCUGUGACCGAAAUCGAUGAAACAGAUUCAGUUCACACUGACGAAGAGUCUGCAGAGUCUAUAAUCACGUCCAGGUCGGCCUUGGUUGCGAUAAAUCAAACCGAAUUUACCCUUGAGGCACUUCCGACACGUCGCAGUGGACGCACUCGAAGAACUCGGGAUACGGCCGAGAUGUACGCCUGCAUUUGCGGCGACAUCGUCGAGAGUGAAGCAAAGUCCAGGGCUCGAACACUGCUAUGCACUCAGGCUGCGGGUUCAAUGGAUGCGAAACAUCUUGGUUUCAUCUCGCAUGCUGCAACUAUACCUGCGCCCCAAGGAGUUGAUGUUGUGAGCUCCAUGAACGCACAAAGCAUGCGCGUAUAG